AUGUUGAAAACUGAGUCUUCAGGUGAACGAACCACUCUCAGAAGUGCCUCUCCUCACAGGAAUGCGUAUAGAACUGAGUUCCAGGCAUUGAAAAGCACCUUUGACAAACCCAAGUCAGAUGGGGAACAAAAAACAAAAGAAGGCGAGGGCUCCCAGCAGAGCAGGGGCAGGAAAUAUGGCUCCAAUGUCAACAGAAUUAAAAACCUGUUUAUGCAGAUGGGUAUGGAACCCAAUGAGAAUGCUGCAGUCAUUGCCAAAACCAGGGGGAAAGGUAGACCUUCCUCUCCUCAAAGAAGAAUGAAGCCCAAAGAAUUUGUGGAGAAGACCGAUGGCUCCGUUGUUAAGUUGGAGUCCUCUGUUUCAGAACGAAUUAGUAGAUUUGACACGAUGUACGAUGGCCCUUCAUAUUCUAAAUUCACAGAAACUCGGAAGAUGUUCGAGAGAAGUGUGCAUGAAUCAGGACAAAACAACCGCUAUUCCCCAAAGAAAGAGGAGAAAGCUGCAGGGAGUGAACCCCAGGAUGAAUGGGGUGGGUCCAAGUCCAACAGAGGCAGUACUGAUUCCUUGGACAGUCUUAGUUCCCGAACAGAGGCUGUCUCCCCAACUGUGAGUCAACUGAGUGCAGUAUUUGAGAACUCUGAUUCUCCCAGUGCCAUCAUUUCAGAGAAGGCUGAAAACAAUGAAGAAUACUCAGUGACUGGACAUUACCCGCUGAAUUUACCAUCUACUGUUACAAAUCUUGACACUUUUGGUCACCUUAAGGAUUCUAAUUCUUGGUCUCCUUCAAACAAGCAAGGUGCUGAUGCAGAGGGUGCUCAGAAGAGCACUACAACCCCAGCACCAGAAGUGGCCUCAAAAGGCACUCUAGUUUCAAUGCCUAGUGAAGGGGUGCAGCAGAGCAAGGAAGCCGAGCUCUCACUUUCUAACCAAGAGACUCCUGCCAGAAUUGGUAAAGACCUUCCUGAAGAGCCUUGUGCUCAAAAUAAGGCAACACCAGAGUCUGAGAUCCCUUCACCACAAAAUGAACCUUCAGAAGAUGCUGAAGCUAAUCUGGUUGGGAGUGAGGCAGCAAAGCAACAGAGAAAAGAACUUGGAGGUGGUGAUUUCACUUGUGGUGAUGCUUCUGGGUCCAGUUACGGGAAAGAAGUACCUGAAGAUUUAAAUAGUUUUGAGAGUUCCCAUGUUUACAUGCACAGUGACUAUAAUGUGUAUAGGGUAAGAUCCAGAUAUAAUUCAGACUGGGGAGAGACAGGCACUGAACAGGAUGAACAGGAAGAUAGUGAUGAAAACAAUUACUAUCAACCUGAUACGGAAUACUCAGAAAUCGUUGGAUUGCCAGAAGAAGAUGACAUCCCAGCAAAUAGGAAAAUUAAGUUUAGUAGUGAUCCAAUUAAGGUUUUCAGCACAUACUCCAAUGAAGACUAUGACAGGAGAAAUGAUGAAGUUGACCCUGUGGCUGCUUCAGCUGAGUAUGAACUUGAAAAGCGUGUAGAAAAGCUGGAACUUUUCCCAGUAGAACUAGAGAAAGAUGACGAUGGACUUGGUAUAAGUAUUAUUGGAAUGGGUGUUGGAGCAGAUGCUGGACUUGAAAAACUGGGAAUAUUUGUCAAGACAGUAACAGAAGGUGGUGCUGCUCAGCGGGACGGCAGAAUACAGGUCAAUGACCAGAUUGUAGAAGUGGACGGAAUCAGCUUGGUGGGUGUCACCCAGAAUUUUGCUGCUACUGUUCUCAGAAACACCAAGGGUAAUGUCAGGUUUAUUAUUGGACGGGAAAAGCCAGGACAAGUCAGUGAAGUUGCCCAGUUGAUAAGCCAGACUCUGGAACAAGAAAGGCGCCAGAGAGAGCUGCUGGAGCAGCGCUAUGCCCAGUAUGAUGCUGAUGAUGACGAGAACAUUGUGACUGAAUUUCAAGGACUCUCUGGCAACUGCAAUAACAAUAACAACUAUUUCCUUAAGACUGGGGAAUAUGCUACUGAUGAAGAGGAGGAUGAAGUAGGGCCUGUCCUUCCUGGUGGUGACAUGGCCAUUGAAGUCUUUGAGCUGCCUGAGAAUGAGGACAUGUUUUCUCCAUCAGAUCUGGACACAAGCAAGCUCAGUCACAAAUUCAAAGAGUUGCAGAUAAAACAUGCGGUUACAGAGGCUGAAAUUCAAAAAUUGAAGACAAAGCUGCAAGCAGCAGAAAAUGAGAAAGUACGAUGGGAACUAGAAAAAAACCAACUCCAACAGAACAUAGAGGAGAACAAAGAAAGAAUGUUGAAGUUGGAGAGCUACUGGAUUGAGGCUCAAACUUUAUGCCACACAGUGAACGAACACCUCAAAGAGACUCAAAGCCAAUAUCAGGCAUUGGAAAAGAAAUACAACAAGGCAAAGAAAUUGAUCAAGGAUUUUCAACAAAAAGAACUUGAUUUCAUCAAAAGACAGGAAGCCGAAAGAAAGAAAAUAGAAGACUUGGAAAAAGCUCAUCUUGUGGAAGUUCAAGGUCUACAAGUACGGAUUAGAGAUUUGGAAACUGAGGUGUUCAGGCUACUAAAGCAAAAUGGGACUCAAGUUAACAAUAACAACAACAUCUUUGAGAGGAGAACAUCUCUUGGUGACAUCUCUAAAGGAGAUACCAUGGAGAACUUGGAUGUCAAGCAAACAUCUUGUCAAGACAGCUUAAGUCAAGAUUUGAAUGAAGCAGUCCCAGAGACAGAACGCCUGGAUUCAAAAGCACUGAAAACCCGGGCCCAGCUCUCGGUGAAGAACAAACGCCAGAGGCCCUCCAGGACAAGACUAUAUGACAGUGUCAGUUCCACAGAUGGGGAGGAUAGUCUAGAGAGAAAGCCUUUAAACAGUUUCUAUAAUCACAUGCAUAUUACCAAAUCACUUCUGCCCAAGGGUUUGAGAACGUCUUCAGAAUCAGAUUCUGGUGCUCUGCCCCUCACCCCAGUGGCUAGCAGCACACCCUUCUCAUCUGACCACAUACCUGAUUUUCAAGAAAGACAGCUGCACCCAGAAAUGGGGACUUUCUCCUCUAUUUGCGGAGAUACUUCACUUUCCUCUCCUUCAAAAUCUGACCACAGUGUUGAGGAAUCUCCUUGCCACCAUCAAGCCACCACCAAGACAAUAUUACAAGAAAAAGAUGGUGCCAAAGGUUCUGUCUCACUGAGGGCAUCCAGUUCAUUGGUGAUGCAAGGUGGAAAAAUUAAGCGGAAGUUUGUGGACCUGGGGGCACCUUUGCGAAGGAAUUCCAACAAGGGAAAGAAAUGGAAAGAAAAGGAAAAAGAAGCCAAUAGGUUUUCUCCAGGGAGCAGGGUCUUCAGAGGCAGGCUGGAAAACUGGAAGCCCAAGACCUCCCCCCCAGCUCAGGCCUCCUGUCGCUCACCUUGCAUGCCUUUCUCAUGGUUUCAUGAAAGCAGAAAAGGAUCUUAUUCCUUCAGGAACCUGCCUUCACCUACAAGCCCUCUUCAGCUUUCUCCUGAGACUCUAAUUUCAGAUAAAAAGGGGUCCAAGGUAGAAAACACAUGGAUUAAAAAAGCAAACAAGAAAAACCCAAACCCCUCUUCCUCUUCAGUCUUUGGAAGGCACUCUCAACUUGUGUGUACACUCUGGAUCCAAGAAACCAAUAAUUUUACCUUCAAUGAUGACUUCAGUCCCAGCAGUACCAGUUCGGCAGACCUGAGUGGCUUAGGAGCAGAACCUAAAACACCAGGGCUCUCGCAGUCCUUAGCACUGUCAUCAGAUGAGAUCCUUGAUGAUGGACAGUCUCCCAAACACAGUCAGUGUCAGAAUCGGGCCGUUCAUGAAUGGAGCGUGCAGCAGGUUUCUCACUGGUUAAGGAGCCUAAAUCUGGAGCAGUACGUAUCUGAAUUCAGUGCCCAAAACAUCACUGGAGAGCAACUCCUGCAGUUGGAUGGAAGUAAGCUUAAGGCUCUUGGAAUGGCAUCAUCCCAGGACCGAGCACUUGUCAAAAAAAAACUUAAGGAAAUGAAGGUGUCUCUAGAGAAGGCUCGGAAGGCUCAAGAGAAAAUGGAAAAACAAAGAGAAAAGCUGAGGCGAAAGGAACAAGACCAAAUGCAAAGGAAGUCCAAAAAGACAGAAAAGACAACAUCAGAUCCAACAGAAGGUGCCAGUGAGCAGUAA